AUGCAGGCUCAAGUAGAGCUUCCUAAAAUUCCUGUCGCAACUGUCGAGAAGAAGUUGGAGAGCCUUCCGGCUAUGGUACAAGGCGUAUGGUCAGAAGAUCCACCCGCUCAGCUGGAAGCAACGACGCAGUUUAGGAAGCUGCUUUCGAUCGAACGUAGUCCUCCGAUCGAAGAGGUCAUAAAGGCUGGCGUUGUGCCCAGAUUCACGCAGUUUUUGCAGAAGUAUGACUUCCCUCAACUUCAGUUUGAAGCAGCGUGGGCUUUGACCAACAUCGCUUCUGGUACCUCUGACCACACCCGCGUGGUCAUUGAGCAUGGGGCAGUCCCUAUAUUCGUUCAGCUUCUUAGCUCUCCCAGUGAUGACGUCCGCGAGCAGGCUGUAUGGGCACUCGGUAACAUCGCAGGCGAUUCGCCCAAGUGCCGGGAUCUUGUUCUGAGCCACAACGCCAUGGGUCCGCUGCUUGCUCAGUUGAACGAGAAUUCGAAGCUGUCAAUGCUCCGGAAUGCUACCUGGACGUUGUCGAACUUCUGCCGUGGAAAGCCCCAGCCUCCAUUUGAGCAGUCGAAGCCCGCUUUGCCGGUCCUUGAACGCCUGAUCCACUCCACGGACGAGGAGGUUUUGACUGAUGCUUGCUGGGCGCUGUCCUAUUUGUCCGACGGAACUAACGACAAGAUUCAGGCUGUCAUUGAGGCGAAUGUUUGUCGGCGGUUGGUCGAGUUGCUUCUGCACCCAUCGCCAUCUACGCAGGUCAUUAUCGAGAACCAAGUGCUGCCAUGCCUCCUUUCCUUGCUCACAACAAACCACAAGAAAAGCAUCAAGAAGGAAGCGUGCUGGACAAUAUCUAACAUCACUGCUGGCAACAAGGAACAGAUUCAGGCUGUUAUUGAUGCCAACAUCAUUCCUCCAUUGAAGCACCUGCUGGAGACUGCUGAGUUUGAUAUUAAGAAGGAAGCGGCAUGGGCUAUUUCAAAUGCUACUUCUGGUGGCACUCAUGAUCAGAUCAGGUACCUCGUGUCCCAGGGCUGCAUUAAGCCACUGUGCGAUCUGCUGCUCACUUCUGACGCAAGGAUUGUAACAGUCGCAUUGGAGGGUUUGGAGAACAUUCUGAAGGUUGGAGAGGCAGAUAAGGAGCUGGGUCAGACUGGAGGUGUGAACCUUUAUGCCCAGUACAUUGAUGAGGCUGAGGUCGUUUUAAGUUUGGGGUUGAAGAAUGGGUAA